AUGGGGCUGUAUUUUGAUAAGCCUCAGCACUUUACGGAGUGGCGGACAAGCCUGAAAGAAGGCGAAUUUCCCUCACGGCUGAACUAUGGAGAGUAUCUUCAACAUACAUGGGCGCAAGCAAUGAGUGCAGCUGAGCAGGCUGGGUUGAACGUUUCCGUCAUUCAUGAGGAAGCCAAAGCAAUCGAACGAUUGAGCGAUGGUGCUUUUUCUUUGGCCCUUUCCAACGAAACAACACUAGUGUCGCAGGCUGUCGUUCUCGCCCUUGGUAAUUUUACCUCGGUGUACAACUCCCAUCUGCUCAACUUACCGGGAUUCUUUCCGAGCCCAUGGCCUCUAUCACAAUUCAAAUCUAUUCCACCUAGCUCUUCGGUGAUUAUCGUUGGCUCUCGCUUGUCUGCUAUUGAUGCUGCAACCUACCUCUGUGAUAAUGGUCACAGAGGAACGAUCACUUUGAUGUCACGCGGUGGCCGUCUGCCUCGAGUUCAAGGAGACCAGACUACCUAUUCGCGUCGGUACGUCCUGUUUGAGCUUGCUAAACAACUUGAAUCGGACCCGGACGACAGCCUUCUUCAAGUCACAAGUGGUCUAAUGGCUGAACUUUCACAAGCUACAAACGGGGAUUGGAGCUGGAUCAUUGAUGAUUCAUCUCCAGAGAAGCAACUACGACAGGACAUCAAGGCUGCAAUGACCAAUCAAGUGCAGUGGCAAGCUGUUCUGCGAGGCACGGCUCCUGUUGUGGAGCGAUAUUGGAAUCGACUAUCCCCACGAAGCCAACAGCUAUUCAUGGAGAAAUACCACAGCACAUGGAUGAGGUUCCGUCAUGGAAUGCCUGUGCAGAAUGCACAAAAAAUCGUCAGGAUGCUAGAAAGUGGGCAGCUCAAGAUUGUCAAAGGAGAGAGUGUCAGAUGGGAUGGUACGUUCAAAGCAGAGACCUCGUCUGGAAUUAUCGAGGCCCCGUAUAUCAUUGAGGCAACGGGCCAAGAGUGCAGUCUCGAACGUAUUCCGUCGCCGCUUCUCCGAUCUGCAUUGAAGAACACGCUGAUUACCCCCCACCCCAGGGGUGGGAUAUCUGUGGAUUUUGACGACUUGAGCGCUUCACCAGGGCUAUACGCCAUCGGAUCGCUCACAUGUGGUUCACAUUUCUAUGUGAGUGCCAUCGACCGUAUCGCAGCCCAUGCUUCUCGGAUCUCCUACAGUUUGACGCAAACCCCUUGUGCCCGGUCGUUACACGUGGCAAUAUUCUGUGGAUCAGAUCUCUUCUCGCACCUCAUGAUGAGCAGAAUGGUCCCUCAACUUCUUGCUGCUGGUCAUGUUCCGUACGUCUUUCUUCCAGAACACAAGGCUAGUCGCAGUUCGACAUUGUUCGACCUCAGAGAGCUGGCAUUCUUUGAAAGAGAAUUACUUCAGCAGUAUAUUUUGCCUUACUUCAAAGAUGAUUUUUCGUACGGCGCAACGCAUCAAACAGUGGACCAGCUUCGCGCCAAAUACGGAAUCCUCGUUGAAAAAGUACCCAAUGUCAACAAGAUGUCUUUCAUAAAGACGCUUGACAAGCACCACAUUAGUGUCGGGUUAUCAGUGCGCUGCUAUCAGCGAUUCAAAACAGACAUCAUUCGAUACUUUUCCAAGCCCCGACGCCUGUUGAAUCUUCACCCCGGCGUACUGCCUGCCUACCGCGGAGUUAUGACGACCGUCCGCGCCAUGAAGAACAAGGAGACUUAUUUCGGGUAUUCGCUCCACGAUAUUGAUGAGGACUGGGACGCCGGAGAUGUGAUUGACAUCCGAGAGCAUCCCAUUGACUAUUCUAAAUCAAUGCUAGCAUUUAUGGCGGAUGUCUACAAAAUGGGAGUGGCUGUUUCAGUAGCUGCCUUGGAUAAAAUCUCCAGGGGAAAAGAACUAUCCAAAACCCCUCAGAAGACCGAAGCAAGUGGGUACUAUACGUUCCCAACUAAGGAGGAAAUGGAAGAUAUUAAGCAAGAUGGAAUUCGCUUGGUUGAUUCUCAGAGCAUUGUUGAUAUCAUCGUGAAUUCGUUCGCGUCGCCGAGGGACCAGGAGAAAUUCCGCAUAUAUAUCGAAGCGGCUGUGCAAGAUUGGUAUAGACGGAACUCGGUUUGA